AUCCCCUUUCCAUGCAACCCAACACAUUCCCACAAAGGCAGAGACCCAACUCAUUCCAUUUUCUGUUUCAAUUCCACCAUGAUGCAUCACAUUCAAUUGCUUGGAAUUCUGAUCGUAGCAUACUUUAGUAGUUCUAAAGCUGAAAAUUCCUUCUUACAGUACUGGGAAGAGCAUAUUGGUCUUCCACAACCUCCUAAUUGGUUAGCUGCAAAAGUUUCUCCGUUAAGCCCCCAUCAGGUGGCAGCGUUUAUGAAACUUAUUGAGAAAAAUGAAUUGGCUUCCCACCUGCAUUCAUUUUGUAUGCAAGCUAAUGUUGCUUGUUCUACAAAUGCAUUGGUCAAGAAAAUAACGGACGAUACAACUCUACCACCAAUAGCCCAGUGGAAUUCUGGAAAACUAAAGUACGAACAACUUCCAAAUGACACACCCUUGUCAGUUUUCAGCCAAGGAGGAUUGCCUUAUUUCCGGGAAUCAAUGGUGAAAGAGGAAGCUUUCAUGCCUAUCCCUGAUCUGAGGGAUCCAAUGCCAUAUAAAUCAUUCUUACCACGAUCUCUAGCAUCACAAUUUCCAUUUUCCUUUGCACGGAUUAAGGAAUUGAAAAAGUUUUUUGGUGUAGAAGAUGAAUCAAACAUGGAUGAAUAUAUUCAAGACACCCUCAAUAUAUGUGAGAAAAGCCCCAUUCGUGGUGAGCAAUGCACCUGUGCAACUUCCGGCGAGGAUCUCAUCGAUUUUGUUGUCAGAAAGUUAGGGCAACAUGUACGUGUAUGGAGUAGUGAAAGCAUCGAAGGAUCUUAUGAGAAUGCCACAAUUGGAGCUGUGAAACUUAUUUAUGGCAACCUCUAUGAACCACCAACCUUAUGUCAUAGUCAGCCAUUUCCAUUUCAAGUCUAUUAUUGCCAUGUUUUACCAAAAGUAAAAAUAUAUGCAGUUGAUAUACAUGCUCAAAAGAAAGUGAAUCAUGUGAUCAUGGCGUGCCACUAUGACACAUCUACUUGGAGUCCAAACCAUCUUGCUUUCAAGCUAUUGAAUUUUGGCCCAGGCCUAAUUGAAGUCUGUCAUUGGAUAAACGAGAAUGGAAUGGUCAUGACAAGACUCUAGGUUGAGCAGCAUUUGGAGAUUUGAUUAUUAUCUAAUUCUCUUUUUUAUGUUAGUUGAACUUCUUAUGUUAUUUGAAGGAUAAAUAAGUCAGCCUUCACAAAUGUUGAUUUGCCA